AUGCCUCGCAGACGACUAUGGGCCUUGACCUCUCUUUUCCUCCUCCUCGCCCCAGCGCUCGCCGCCGACGUCCACGCCGACUUCUCCUUCUAUCCCGUCGGCGCCCAGGAUUGUCUCAGCCAAGCUGCCACAACGUCAAAAUGCGACGGCAACACCGUCAUGGACCUCAACACCUGUCUGUGUGGCAAUUGGGGCAACUUUGUGAUUUUAACCGCCAUAUGCAUUGGCAAGAACGACAAGGCGGAUUCGGUGCCGGUGUAUAAGACGAUGGUGUCUGCGUGUGCGGAUUCCAAUACGCCGCUCAACGUGGCUCCCGACGUCUUUUACGGAGCCGUCAAUGGCCAGCUCACGAUGACGGCCUCGGCGGCCACAACAAUGACGACGUCGACGACAACAAGCGCGACGACCUCGGCGACGACAACUACAACGACUACCGCGACUCCGACCGGCACGAGCACCGCGGCGCCCGUCAGCGAGAACCUCUCGACCGGCGCGACAAUCGGCAUCGCUCUCGGCGCGUCCUUUGGCGGCGUGGGCGCCAUCGCAGGGCUCGUCUAUUUCCUGCUCCGCCGGUCCAAGAAGCAGGGCGAGGAGUUCCACCCCAUGCUGCCCAAUUCCACCGAGGAGGCCCGCCCCUUCGGCGGCCAACAUCCGCCGCUGUCCGAGCCCACGCCGUCGCCGGGCAUCGCGAGCACCUUUUCCGAGGCCAAGCGGGCGUCGUGGGUGUCGCCGCUGCAGAGCCCCGAUCCGUACCGGUACUCGGCGGCGACGUGGGAUGCGACGCAGGGCGCGUACCAGGGGCCGUAUGCGCCUCCGGAGGGCGCCGUCGAGCUGCCGCCGCAGACGGCGAGUGUUGCGAGCAGCGCUUCGGGCAUGGUGUUUGAGAUGGACGCGACGACGUCGCAGCUGUCGUCGGGGCCGGUUGAGAUACAGGGGGAUGUGCCGCCGUUUACAGAUCACGGGAGGAGGUGA